AUGCAUCAAAGUACUCUCCGAAAUACUGUGGUUUGGGCCCUGAUCACAGUGGGGCUUGCAGCUACGAUCUCCAAGAGAGAUGAAGAGCCUGAAAACACUAUUGCUGAUGGACACAUUUCUCACCCUACAGCAUUCGGCCAUAAGGCUGUUCUCCACGCCCAACAGUAUGCAUCACACAGAAGUCCUACCAGUUGCGUCAAGGGAGAGGUGUUCGAUCGAGUUUUUAACAUCUGGUUUGAGAAUACUGAUUACGAGACUGCUAUUGCAGACCCAAACUUCAAAUACUUCGCAGAGAUGGGUAUUACAUUGACAAACUACCUAGCGGUAACACAUCCAAGUGAACCAAAUUACCUCGCAUCCAGUGCAGGUGAUUAUUUCGGUCUCGAUGGUGACCCAUUUACUACUGUUCCUACCAACGUUUCCUCUAUAGUCGAUCUCCUCGAAGACAAGGGAAUCACUUGGGCUGAGUACCAGGAAGAUAUGCCAUAUACUGGUUUUCAAGGUAUGGAGUGGCGCAACGAAGUGACCGGUGCCGAUGCAUAUGUUCGCAAGCACAACCCUGAAGUCCUCUUCAACAAUGUCGUUAACAAGCCCGAACGUCUUCAAUUGAUCAAGAACCAGACCUUAUUCCACCAAGAUGUUGCUGCAAACACACUGCCCCAAUGGAUCUUCUUUACCCCCAACAUGACCUCCGACGCUCACGAUAGCUCCGUCACCGUCGCAGGCGAGUAUCUCUACAACCUCCUUAACCCCCUCCUUACCAAUCCUCACUUCAUGAACAACACUCUUGUCGUCAUCACCUUCGAUGAAAACGAGGUCUACUCCCGUCAAAAUCGUGUUCUUACUAUCCUCCUCGGUGACGUCGUUCCGAAGCACCUCCACAACACCACCGACGACACUUACUACAACCAUUACUCUAAAAUCUCCACCGUCGAAGCCAACUGGGGACUCCACACCCUUGGUCGCUACGACGUUGGCGCUAAUGUCUUCAAGUUCAUUGCCGAGAAGACCGGCGACAAGCUUCGCAGCUGGACUCACGGCCUCCUCGAGACCCGCUACUUCAACCACAGUUAUCCUGGUUUCCUUGCCGCGUCAGUUGGAUGGGCACCCCAGCCCGUGCCAAACACCAAGUUGGUGGUUAAUAAGCGAACCGUCUUGCCUGCUAUCAAGAAGUACUGGGGAGGACAGGAUGCGGAUUCCAAGUAUCAAGGACAGUUGGAGAUCCCUGAUGGAUACAACCACUAA